AUGAAAAGUGCUAAAACAAUCGCUAUGAUGGCAUUAAUUUUUGCCAUCUCAGCCAGUGUUUCAUAUGGUUGGAUUCACACCCAUUACUAUCCUCCUAAAACUGACGUAUUAGGACCUGCUAGUAGAACCUUCCUUACCAUGAAGGCAUUCACUGAUUUAAUUUUACAAAACAUGGUUCUCCAUUAAUUCGACCCUGACUUCAAAAAUAUUGCUAUUGCCAGUAUGGAUCACGUCUACAAUGGAAUCCCUCUCCAAUUCUAGCUCUACAUGAAGUAUGCUAAGGUUGAUCCUGAGUAAACAUCCAUUUCUCAAACAAACAAUACCUACGUUAUUAAUUCUAAGAAUGUCAACUUCGAUUUACAAUUACACUUGACUGUAAAUGGUAGAAACUACAACAUUCCUGCUCAUACUAAUAACGCUGAAUUUUCAAUUUACUUUGAAAUGGGUUUUGAUGAAUAAGGUCUUAUUUACGUUAACUCCACCAACACUGAUAUUGAUAUCAAGACAUACAUUAUCCCUGCUGGUUUCUUCGACGCUGAACUCGAUUAGAGUAUUGUUAUGGAAGUUCCUCUCCCUGAAGAAUUAAAACACAUUCCUCUUGAUGCCCUCAUGUCUGUAAUCACUGCUUCUUUUGAAGAUUAAUUAACAAAGAUUUUGAGAAGCUGGUUGACUGAUAUCUAGGUUUACGACACUAUUUCAUUGGACCGUAACUUCACUAACUUACCCUCCAUGGCUGGUGGAAAAGUUAUGAUUGAAAGAAAUAUGUUCUUCUACAACAACUAAGCUCCCAAGGCUAGACCCAGCAUUGCUCCUCCCACUGUCUUCCCUAGCAGAGACGAUCUUUCUCACAAGUAAGAAGAAACAUUGAUGGUUAAUGAAUAUUUCUUCAACUCUCUCUUCUACGCUAUGCACGAUGCUAACAUGCUUUAAUUCACCCUCACCAAUAACAAUAUCCCCAUCGAAUCUAAGCAAAAGUUGACUGUCUACUAAAUUGACCGUUUAAUUCCUGGCUUAAAGCAAUAAUUCGUUUAUGAUUUACCAAUGAUUGCUACCUUUAAAACAUUGGCUCAUCCCAAGACCACUAUUUUGGGUGAAGUCUUCUUCUUAAGAGAACCCAAGGUUAUGACCAAGGUUGAAUUAGAAAUGAAUCUCUUUGUUGAUUCUCCUACUGAUGGUUAAGUUUUGAUUGGUACUUUCGAAAUUACCAGUUAUGUUGAAUUAUCUAUGAGAAUUGAUGUCAACCAACUCUUCUUAUACUUUGAUGGUGUCCAAGUCCAAGAUUUCAAGAUUGCUAAAUAAGGUUUAUCAAACGUUAACUUAGAUGCUGAAAGAAUUAAAAACGCUGUUCACAGACUCUUCUUAGUAUCUAUUCCUAGACUUACCAACUUCUUGAUGUUAUCUCACGGUAUUAAGCUUAUGCCCUUCGAUAAUGUUGAAUUAAUCAACAGCAACACUGAUAUUGCUCCUAACCACAUCUCUACCCAAACUGAUCUCUUCAUUUUCGAUAUUAACAAGAAUCCUUACUAAUCUUUCCCUGCUAUGAAACUCAGAGUUUAAAACAGACUUUUCGAUAAGCUUAAAACUUAUCUUCUUGAACACUUAAUCCCUGAAGUUAAUGGUAUGAGAUUCCCUGACUAAUUCUUAGGUUCUAAAUUCGGUUGUUCAGUCACUGCUUAAGAUUUACACAUCCCCUAAUUCUCUGUUGAUAUUGCUAAUACUUAUUUCAGAGGUAAUGACUAGGGUAACUUCAACAUCCACAUUUCUCAAUUCAAAAUUGAAGGUGCUGGUUCAGUUAAAGCUGAAGAAAGAAUUAAAAUUUUGUUCUGGAAGAUUAAGCUCUUCUAAAUUACUGUUGGCUUAGAUGUUAUUUCUAAUCUUACUAGUUUUGAUGCCAGUGUUAAGGUUGAUUUAGAUUAAAAUGGUCAAUUGAGAGCUUUACUCCAAAACAUUAAUAUCAAUUGGGAUUUCUCCUUCCAUCUCAGAGGUAGCUUCUGGGCUAAGAUCAUUGACUUCGUUAUUCACCACAUUGGUCUCCACAACACAAUCAGAAAUUUGGUUCUUAAUAAGAUGACUGGUAUUGUUACUGAUAUGAUCCAAAAUGCUUUAACUAAGGCUCUUCAAAAGGAAUUAGUUGUUGACUUCGGAAAUAACUUAUCUCUUGACCUUAAGCAAACUACCACUCCUAUUGUCAACUCUCAAUUUGUUGAAUUCUAAUCUGCUUUCUUCUUCACUCCCUCUAACACUCACGAAAGACCUCCCUUCAAUCCUCCUGUCCUACCCGAAAUCAGUACCAAUUCUAAUGAUAUUGAACUCAUGAUCCACGAAUACUCCCUUAACUCUGCUGGUUACUUUGCAUUCGUCCAAGAUAAGCUUGACUUCACUAUCACUCAUGAAAUGCUCUAAAAAGAUAAUAAAUUCAACUUUACUGCUGAAGCUUUCAAGUGGACUAUUCCUGGAGUCUAUAAGAAGUUUGGUAAGGAUGCUAAGAUGAAUUUAGGUAUUGAAUCUUUAUUCUAUCCUUCCAUUAAGAUCCAAUCUAACAAGCUCUCUGGUAACAUUGCAGCCCUUUUGGACCUCUAAGUCAGAAAACCCCAAUUUGACUCUGAUGGUAACUAGUUAGAAGAUGAAAUCUACUCAGCUAUCACUAUUGAUUGUGAACUUGAUUUAUCUGCUAAGAUUUACGAAGAAAACCAAGUCCUCAAAUUCUCAGUCGAAAGUAUCAACUUCUCUAAGCUUGAAGCUUUUGGUGCUGAAGUUGAACCUGGUAUUCUCUUCAGAUUCUUCGGACAUUCUACUGUUAAUAAAAUAUUAAACUUCGCUCUUCCCUUCAUCAACGAACACUUAUUCGCUAACAAGGGUAUUGACUUAAAUAAAAUCCUUGUUAAGAACGUUCAAGUUUCAAAUAUUCAAAUCAGCUUAAACGAAGGUUACAUCUAUGUUGGUACCGAUGCCGACCUUGUUUGA